CACUAGCUAUACAUUGUUUAUUAAAUUAGAUGAUAAAAAUAGACGUAGUUUAUGUUUAGACAUCAGAAUUCUCUUUAUAUCUGUUUCAUAAAAUGUGCAGUCUGCCGAGUUCUCGAAUUUUCUAUCAGGCUAAUAACGGGCAGCCUGGGGUCCUUUCGCUGUGGGUCAACUUGUUUAAUCAGAACAGAAAGGUGAACUUGAAGACAACAUGCAAAAGUUAAUAAAACUGAUUGGACCCAAAUAUGUCUCCAUUGCCAGAGCGUGGGUACCCACGAUUGUCGGUUGGGGUACAGUUGGUGGAGUGGGCGUUGUCUACUUCACAGACUGGCGGCUCAUUUUGGAUUAUGUCCCCUAUAUCAGAGGCAAAUUCAAGAAUGACGACUAGCAGUCCAACUCUGUGUCAUGGAUUUAUGAUUGGUUUGUGUGUUGUGUUUUCCAACUAGCACACGAAUGUUAGUGUUGUUCUUUGACUAGCCACCAGACGGCGCUGGCGAUACGAAAUGCAACCACAAAGAUUGCCUGUAACUUUAAGACAUAAUGCACUGAUAUAUGGUUAAAUAAUAAUUAAAAAUGUUUCGUGUCAUUUGUUGUUUGUAUGUAAAACAUCUGUAAACAAAGCUGCUAAUGUGUUGCCUGUUUGUUUGUACAGGACUGACACCUGGACCUUGCUGUCUCACAGCUUGGCACACCACUCAGUUCACCUGCAUUAAAUAUUAAAGUGUUAUUUUUGUUUAUUAUCUAAUAUUUCCCGAUGCAUAUGUUAUAAAAUGUAAAAGUACAUUUAAAUGCGGUAACAGUUAGACGUGUCAGAUUGAUACUGGUAUUUGUAUUCUAUUCCUAAUAAAUGUUAAAAUCAUGUUUUCAGCUAA